AUGACAAACCGUUAAACUUACAGCUAAACUAACAGCUCGUCUGCUAAGAGUAGACACACAGAGAAAGCUUCCAUCAUUUAAACAACUGAGUCAAACCACCCGAAAAUGUCUGAGAGUACUUAUGCCAAUAUAACAUGGAAUAUUGGCAGACACACCAAGAGAAACCAAACAUCUCAAAACACAGGAAGUGAUUCAGUGAAGAUUAGAUGCUCCAAAGCCGCUGCAUUGUGUUUGGUGCUGCUGUGUGUUCUUCUGCUGACUGCAGUCAUAGUGCUGUGUGUUCACAUCCAUACAAAGAACAAAAACCACACAGAAGAGAAAGAACAGCUACUAACCAAGAUCACCAACCUCACAGAAGAAAGAGACCAGCUACUAACCAAGAUCACCAACCUCACAGAAGAAACAGACCAGCUACUAACCAAGAUCACCAACCUCACAGAAGAGAAAGACCAGCUACUAACCAAGAUCACCAACCUCACAGAAGAGAGAGAGCAGCUAAUAACCAAGAUCACCAACCUCACAGAAGAGAGAGAGCAGCUACUAACCAAGAUCACCAACCUCACAGAAGAGAGAGAGCGGCUACUAACUAAGAUCACAAUCCUCACAGAAGAGCGAGACCAGAUUGUAAAGAAGAACACGCAGCUGAAAAAAGAGAGAGAUGGAUUAUUAUCAAAUGGAUGGAUUAACUAUCAAUCUAGUUUUUACUUCCUUUCCUCACUGAAGAAGAACUGGAUUGAGAGCAGAAGAUACUGUACAGAGAGAGGAGCAGAUCUGAUCAUAAUAAACAACAAAGAGGAACAGGAUUUUGUGAAGAAAAUAUCUGCUAAUGCUCUUGUCUGGAUUGGUCUUACUGACAGUGAAGUGGAGCGCACAUGGAAAUGGGUUGAUGGCAGCACACUGACCUCUGGUUCCAGCUUCUGGGAUCCUCGAGAACCCAAUGGAGGAACAGGAGAGAACUGUGCUCUUAAUUAUUCACCAGGAUGGGCUGAUUAUCCAUGUAGUGAUCUUUUUCAAUGGAUCUGUGAAAAGGGCAGUUUAAAAUAAGUAAUGAUGGCACUUCUUUCCCCUAGCUGUUUUUAAAGAACUGCAACUGCUCCAACUUUUUUUUCUUUUUAAACAGUGUAGAAUAAUUUACAACACCAAACAGUGAAGUGACAGUGCUUGUGAAUGUGCAGGAGAAAAUCAAAUAUUGUGGCCAUUCUCUCCUGUGUAUUAUUAAAAUAACUCUUUGAUUAUACUCCUUUGUCGUGCUCUUUGUUUUGCACACCUACACAACAGUCACAUUUGUCCUGACCUUUGGAAUAUACAAGUCCGACUCUCUAAUCAUUAGGCCACAACUGCCCCUAAAAGGUACUAAUAUGUAGCAUUUAUAUACUAAUAUGUACAGUUCAGUUAAUAAAAUGGUUUGUACCAUUUCAA